UUUGAUCCUAUGCCCAGCUUGUACACCAUCGUUGCGGUUAUCGUAUCUACUAACGUCCGACGCCAAAGGAUUCUAUGAAUAUUUACAACUGCAGCUUAUUGAAGAUCCACAGGAAUAUUCUACCACCUCGAUGAUUACCGGAGUCUCGUCGAUCUCCACUGAAAACAGCUUUUUCAAUCUAAAACUCAACUCGUAUACUUACAUCGCGCAGAAUUUAUUUUGUCAUUAUAUCUGUUGUACUUUGGCUCAAGAGUGACAAAGAGGCUUACGCUCAUUAUCAUUGUCAGAAUAAAGAAGAGCAGCUGGAAGAAGCUGAACACGGACAAGGGAGGAAGCCUUACGCGCAAUAUAAUCAAUAAUAUAUUAGGAUCAUGUACGGCGAAGGUGGAUGCACAAAUUGCGAAGGGGACUGCGAUACUGGAUGCGGUUGCUCUUCCUGUCCUACCCAUAGAUGUAAUUCAAAAAAAAAAUAUAUCGCAGAUCCUACGAAGGGGUCUGUCAAAAUCCCGGUGAAACCACCUGGAAGCAAUUACGUCAUGCAAAUCAUUAACUGCGGCGUAAAAAACGACAAUUUAUACGAGACAAAGCUCCUAUUGGCACCGGAAAUCGACAUGUCGUCGGUGAAGAUCACAGUAAAAAAUGAUAAUCUUAGAGUGACCGCAGUUCACCCCCUGGGGGAUCUAGAGAAUCAGCUUCCGGGAAUCGUUGAAAAAUCGGCUUUGGGGGAUCUGGUCAGGAGAACCUUGAAACAUUGCGAAAAUUUUCUGAUACCUGAAGAAAUAGACGCCAGUAAAGUUCGCGCGGUGAUGAACAACGACAGAAUUCUUAUUCUUACUGCGCCUCCGCAGAAGGCUGUGCAAAAGGAAAAAAAAUUACGAAAGUGCAAUAAAUGCCGAUGAAAAAUCCGCUCGCAAUCUAUUUUGUAAUUCAUUUUAAUAACAAUUCAGAAUCUUGAGGUCGGGAUGUGCAUUAUUCACAAAACAAAAAGCUUGUCAGAUCAACCCCCAUAAAUUCGUCCAUGUCCGUUAAAUCAGGGUGCACUUCAUUCAUCUUUUACUUCCCAGAUUUAAUAUUAUCUGAUUUGGAACACUAUCAUUAUGAAAUGUAAUAGAAAACGAUAGAAUGUAAGACUUGUAUAAUUCAUGGAGUGUCACAUUGCGUAGUCGCAUGAAAUUCGCACGAGAUAAUCAUUUCCUGUCCAUCCCGCUUCAAGAAAGGGGGUGUUGUCUUGAAAACCGGAGUUUCUUUAUUUUAAAAUAAUACUCGUCGAGGCGAUUUUUUUUUCUUUGAGUAUCUCAGAGAUGAAUCUUCCGAGGUCUCGACGGGCGACGUAAAAGAUUACAAACUUUGCACAAAGUAUAUACAUCCCUAUGUAUAAUGUG